ACGGAGGAGGAGAAGGACCUGGCGGAGGUGUGCAAGCGGCUCCUGGUGAACCUGCAGGACGGGAACUGCACCCUGAGGUGGCAGCACCACGACAGCAAGGUCCAGUUCGACUACGUGGAGAUCAAUGGCAAAGUGAAAACCAGCCUCGCGAGCCAGUAUUAUGAAGAAAUCACCAAGAAACCGACCGACAACAAGACCCUGAUCGCCAUCCUGGCGUCCUGCGGCGCCCUGCUGAUCAUGAUCGUCGUCCUGGCCGUGUGCGCGUCGCACCACCGCAAGCCCUACAACGAGAACCAGCAGCACCUGACGGAGGAGCUGCACACGGUGGAGAACGGCUACCACGACAACCCGACGCUGGAGGUGAUGGAGGUGCAGCCGGAGAUGCAGGAGAAGAAGACGGCGCCGAACGGCGAGUUCAACGACAGCUGGAUCGUCCCCAUCGACAACCUGCUGAAGGAGGACAUGGCCGGGGAGGAGGACACGCACCUGUAGGGACGGAGGAGGAGGAAGGAGGACUAGAAGAAGAAGAAGAAGGACGAGAAAGCGACAGGACGUGGCUACUUCCUGGCACACAAAAACAACAGGAUCCACACUUCUUGAUCCACGUCAGCCCUCAUCUUAUCCAUUUGUACUCGGAAGUCGGAUUUUCAAAAGGUCAAAGUCGGAAACAUGCCCCCCCCCCCCCCCCCUGCAUGCUAUCGCUAACAAUGGCUAACGCGGCUAAAGCUAAUGGACGCGUUAAAACAUCGUCAUUCCCAGCACUACUCCACCUGAUCCUGGGACUGGUGUCCCUGUACUUGGGGUUUGGGGGGGGAGGGGAGAGACUCUUCUUCCCCCCCCCCAACCCCCCCCCCCCCCGGAUUCAAGCUGUUUGUGGAUGAAGUACGAAUUAAAUGUACACGUGGCCUUGGGGAAAAAACCCAUCGUGCUGUGCCUUUGCAGUAAUUUUUUAUAAAUAAGUAGAGCUGGACAACAUAUUGAUAUCAUAUCAAUACCGAUAUAUGAGGCUAGAUUAUCGUCUUCAAUUUUGAACAUGACUCAAGGGUUUUUUUCCUGGUUUUAAGGCUGCAUUGCAGUACAGUGAUGUCAUUUUGUGAAUAGCCCAGACCGGGUACUUUAAUAGUAAUUUACCCACUUAAGUCAUAUAACCCAUAUGCACCAUAUCCACAUUACCAAGGAUUGUAUAUCAGGGAAUUACUUUUUUUUUUUUUGAAAGCACCAAUAGUCAUUUUUAUCCAUAUUACAUACGUAACUGACUUAAUACAGAAGGUGUCGCAAAACCCCGAGCAGAUUGUGCCUUUUCAUUUAAAAAAGAACCUGUAAAUAGAGUAUUUUCGUGUCAUUUUCCGAGAUGAUGAUAUUGCAAACGGAGGGUUUGCAGUUCUAGACUUACUAACCCGGAUAGAGACGACCUCAGGAUACUUCGUCAUCCUGGUGAUUUCCUACUAGCGUGUCGGCUAAAAAAUACCUG